AUGUCGUUCUCAGACAGCGAGACGUCGGGCGCCGUCCGCAAGGCUGACGAGUGCACCGUGGUCAACAACUUCGACGGCGAGAGGGGCUACGACUACCACGAGUGGAAGUUUACAAUCCUCCGCUGUCUCGACUACGACGGCCUUCGAGGUUUUAUCGAUGGCACGGCUUCACUCAGCCCCGAAGCUACCGAGCAUGAAAAGUUGGAGUUUAUGCGCAAGAAAAUCAGCGCCUACACGACCCUUCGCAACUCCGUCAGUGGCUGGCUCGCAACGGUGGCCGCCAAUGGGUCCUAUCGGGACAGGCUCUUGCAGGCUCGGUUCGACAACACCUACGACGCCAAACGGCUGUGGGAUGUGGUCCAUGAGUGCUGUGACGAGGACGUUUUCAACUAA